UUUUUAUUCUUUUUUCUUUACUUUGUACUGUGAACAUAAUGGCCGAUAAAACUGCUGCAGAACCUAUCUUUGUUGACCUCCAUGAUAAUAGCAAACCUACUGAAAUUGAAAGUCUUUGUAUGAAGUGUGAACAAAUGGGAACCACUCGGUUUCUCUUCACUAAGAUUCCUCACUUCAAGGAAGUCAUUGUAAUGGCAUUUGAAUGUCCUCAUUGUGGUUUCCGUAACAAUGAACUUCAAAGCGCUGGUGCUUUCAAUGAAAAAGGACAAACUGUUAGCUGCAAAGUGAAUGGAAAAGAUGACUUGGAUCGACAAUUGGUAAAAUCUGAUUUUGCUUCUGUCAAAUUUGAAGAACUCGAUAUGGAAAUCCCUGCUAACAAUCGUCGUGGAUUAUUGACAACUGUGGAAGGAUUAUUAGGGAACGCCAUCGACGAUUUAGAUCAAGGACAAGCUGUUCGUAAACAUAUGGAUGAAGAUUUAUACAACAAGAUUAAAGUCAUUAUUGAUACCAUGGAAUCCUAUCGUGAAGGCAAACAAUCUUUUACUAUGACUAUUGAUGAUCCUUCUGGUAAUUCUUAUAUUGAAAACCGUUGCUUACCAGCUCAAGAUCCUCAAUUGACACUCCGAUGGUAUAUCCGUACACCUGAACAAAAUACUGCACUUGGUUUGUCCAAUGAUCAAUCUGCUGCUGAUCAAGCUUUGGCCGCCCGUGGUGCUGCUGAUGAUGAUGAUGAAGAAGUAUCUGAAGUGUUAACAUUCCCUGCCAAUUGCUCCAAUUGUAAUGCUCCUAGUGAAACUAAUAUGCAUGUGAUGGAUAUUCCUCAUUUCAAAGAAGUGGUCAUUAUGGCUACUAACUGUGAACACUGUGGUUACAAGAAUAAUGAAGUCAAGGCUGGUGGUGCCAUUUCUCCCAAGGGUAAACGAAUUACUUUGAAGAUGACAGAUGCUGAAGAUUUGUCUAGAGAUAUUUUGAAGUCGGAAACUUGUGGUUUAUCUAUUCCAGAAAUCAAUUUGGAAUUAACUCCUGGUACAUUGGGUGGACGAUUUACAACAGUAGAAGGGUUAUUGCGACAAGUGCAUACAGAAUUAGAAGAGCGCGCAUUCUCUCAUGGUGAUUCUACAAGUGAAGAAGCUAAGGCUAAAUGGACCUCCUUUUUGACUGAUUUGGACCAAGUAGCAGAUGGUCAACGUUUACCUGUUACUUUGGUGGUGGAUGAUCCUCUUGCUAAUUCUUAUUUACAAAAUUUGUAUGCUCCUGAUGAUGAUCCAGAAAUGACUAUUGAAGAAUAUGAACGUAGUUUUGAAACAAAUGAAGAUUUAGGAUUGAACGAUAUGAAGACUGAAAAUUAUUAGAUAGUAUAGAAAUAUUUAGUUUAGGUUGUAUGAUAUUGAUUGAAUAAAAUAAAUAAUAAAAUAAAAUAGAAAAAAAAA